AUGCGACGGUUCGUCUACUGUAAGGUGGUGUUGACCACCUCUCUAGUGUGGGUGCUGGUGGAUGUGUUCUUGCUGCUGUACUUCAGCGAGUGUAACAAAUGUGAUGAUAGGAAAGACCGCUCGCUGCUCCCUGCCCUCCGAGCGGUGAUAUCACGAAGCCAUGAGGGUCCAGGGGAGAUGGGCAAGGCAGUGAACAUCCCCAAGGACGACCAGGAGAAGAUGAAGGAGCUCUUCAAGAUUAACCAGUUCAAUCUGAUGGCCAGUGACAUGAUUGCACUCAACAGGAGUCUGCCGGAUGUGAGGUUGGAUGGCUGUAAAACUAAGGUGUACCCAGACGACCUGCCCAACACUAGCAUCGUCAUCGUGUUUCACAACGAGGCGUGGAGUACCCUGCUGCGUACUGUUCACAGUGUCAUCAACCGCUCACCCAGACACUUGCUUGUGGAGAUCGUGCUCGUCGACGAUGCCAGCGAGCGAGACUUCCUGAAGAAGAAGCUGGAGAGCUAUGUGCGGACUCUGGAGGUGCCAGUGAGAAUCCUGAGGAUGGAGCAGCGUUCGGGUCUGAUCAGAGCCAGGUUGAGGGGGGCGGCUGCCACCAAAGGUCAGGUCAUCACCUUCCUGGACGCUCACUGCGAGUGUACAGUCGGCUGGCUGGAGCCCCUGCUGGCACGCAUCAAAGAGGACAGGACAGCAGUGGUGUGCCCUAUCAUCGAUGUCAUCAGCGACGAGACGUUUGAAUACAUGGCAGGCUCAGAUAUGACGUAUGGUGGGUUCAACUGGAAGCUGAAUUUCCGCUGGUACCCUGUUCCCCAGCGGGAGAUGGAUCGGCGCAAAGGGGACAGAACACUUCCUGUCAGGACUCCCACCAUGGCAGGAGGACUGUUCUCUAUAGACAAAACAUAUUUUGAAGAAAUAGGAAGCUAUGAUCCAGGGAUGGAUAUCUGGGGUGGAGAGAACCUGGAAAUGUCUUUCAGAAUCUGGCAAUGCGGCGGUUCUUUGGAAAUUGUAACGUGUUCCCACGUGGGGCAUGUUUUCCGGAAGGCCACCCCAUACAGCUUCCCCGGAGGAACGGGCCAAGUCAUCAACAAGAACAACAGGCGCCUGGCUGAAGUCUGGAUGGAUGAUUUCAAAGACUUCUUCUAUAUCAUAUCACCAGGUGUGAUGCGGGUGGACUAUGGAGACGUUUCGUCCCGUAAAGCCCUCCGUGAGGCCUUGAAGUGCAAACCAUUUUCCUGGUAUCUAGAGAACAUCUACCCAGAUUCCCAGAUCCCAAGAAGAUACUACUCACUUGGUGAAAUCAGAAAUGUUGAGACUAACCAGUGUGUGGACAACAUGGGAAGAAAGGAGAACGAGAAAGUUGGCUUUUUCAACUGUCACGGCAUGGGCGGAAACCAGGUGUUCUCAUACACAGCGGACAAAGAAAUUAGGACAGAUGACCUCUGUCUGGACGUGUCACGCCUCAACGGACCUGUCGUCAUGCUCAAGUGUCACCACAUGAAGGGCAAUCAGAUGUUUGAGUAUGAUGCCGAGAAGCACACCUUCCUCCACAUCAUCACCCAGUCCUGUCUGACCAUCAGCCGUCUGGAGGAUGGCACCUACGGCCCCACAGUGGAGUACUGUAACAAUAGUCCCUUGCAGACCUGGAUCCUCCACAACUACACUCGUCUGGAGGUCGCUAGACACCUCUACUUCAGCCCCACUGAUUAUUUUCUCUAA